CGUCUCCCGUCUCUUUGUGUUCUUCACAUUAUAUAACAGCUUCGAAAUGCUAAUGGAAUUUGGAGCCUCCGCAGGUUCAAGUUCAUUCUCUGGAUUUCUCAGCUCCAACCAUCGGAGCUCCAUCGUUUUCCGGCGAGUGAUGUCAUCUUACUUGGCAGCUUUGUAUCUCCUGGUGCGGUGACGCCAGCACAUUCGCCAGAAACUUUCAGUAUAGGCUGAAAGCUAUUGACAGUGGUGAGACUAUGGGGCAUUUGUCUUCACUCUUCAAUGGUUUGGCGAGAUCAUUUACAAUCAAGAGAACAAAAAGUUUGAAGAACAAUUGUGGGGAUUGCGAUGGAAGGGAGGCUGUCGAAGCUAUGGCAAGGGAUGCAAAGAGAAAUGAAUUAGUAUUAACGACGUCAGGGGUUGUCAAUGUUGAUGGAUCCAAGAAUUUGGUCUCUGUUUAUUCAAAGAGAGGGGAGAAAGGUGUGAACCAGGAUUGCUGCACUGUUUGGGAGGAAUUUGGAUGUCAAGAAGACAUGGUAUUCUGUGGGGUGUUUGAUGGGCACGGUUCAUGGGGACAUUUUGUGGCAAAGCAUGUAAGAGAGUCACUGCCAGCAUCUCUUCUUUGCUAUUGGCAAGAGUCCCUUGUUGAUGCAUUAGUUGAUGAUCCGGAAAUUCAUUUAGAAUCUCCCAAGAAGCUCCAAAGUUCCAACAUAUGGAAGCAUUCCUAUAUGAAGGCCUGUGCUGCUGUAGACAGAGAGCUAGAGCAGCAUCGUAGAAUCGAUACCUACCACAGUGGAACAACUGCUUUGACAGUUGUUAGACAGGGAGAUAACAUUUACUUGGCAAAUGUGGGAGAUUCGCGUGCGGUUUUGGGCACCGCCAGCGACAAAGGCAACUUAGCGGCAGUUCAGCUUACUAUCGACUUCAAGCCUAAUCUGCCUCAGGAAGCUGAGCGAAUCAUUCGUAGCAAUGGCAGAGUAUGUUGUCUGGAUGACGAGCCGGGGGUUCAGAGGCUGUGGUUGCCCCAUGAUGAGUCUCCCGGACUAGCAAUGUCCAGAGCCUUCGGGGAUUACUGUGUAAAAGCUUUCGGUCUUAUCUCCAUACCUGAAGUGAUUCAGAGACGCAUUACGAGCAAAGACCAAUUCAUCAUACUGGCAACAGAUGGGGUAUGGGAUGUUGUAUCGAACCAAGAAGCAGUUAAGAUCGUUGAGGCAGCUCCAAGCCGCCCAAAAUCCGCAAAGUGUGUGGUUGAUUGCGCGGCACAGGCGUGGAAGAAGAAGAGAAAAGGCAUAGCUAUGGAUGAUAUCUCCGCUAUUGUAUUGUUUCUUGAUUCAUCGACAUCCCUACCUCCCCAACUACAUAUAUCUAGAAGUAAUUAGAAUGGAGGAAAAAAGCUUCAUUCAUUAUCUAAAAAUAAGCAAAAAUUAAUAACUAGUGGUAAGGUACUUCCCAGAAAAUCAAAACAAUAAAUAUCGAAAAUGAAGCUCUUACUUGAUUUUUUCGGUAUUUAGUUUCAUCCGAAACUCCAGUCUCGGCAACUACAAUGAACCUUGGCAAGAGACGCCAUGUAGUCA